GCAGUUCCUGGCGACCUUAACAAUAUGCAUCUCCUCGGUUCUUACUCUAUCGCCUUCUUGAGCUUCGUCUCAAUUGCUUUUGCUGCAAUCCAUCCCCGAGAUUUCUCUCUUGCAAUGCGUAGCGUCUUGACAAAGAACGAAAAAUGUUACAUGAACCCAAACAUCUGUGCCGAGGUCAUGAUCGGAGAUGAGGUCAACCAGCAGCUGGGCUAUGAUGGAUGCCAGCGGAUCUUGAACCCAGACAAGGUCACUGGUAUCAAGAUGUUGAACUGCGAGUGCAACUUGUACUAUUCUGUCGACUCCGGAUCCUGCAACAGCGGCGUCGAUGACACUAUCGAUAGGCUUGGACGCUGGAUCCAUUGUAUUUCUACGAUGCACUUCUCCGCAAUACUCCUCGGCGCCUUCGCAUUCGCAUCUGCCAUUGUAGCUUCUGAGCUUCUCAACGAGGUGGGCUACGUUACCGACAGCGAGGGCAAGGUUUACCAACUCGAUAUCACCGGUCACAACAACGUCCGCGUCAUCACCUCCGAGAGAAACGAUGGCUACUACAUCCAACCCACAAGCUACCAUGUAGAGUCUGCGCACGCUUGCAACUUCUACAGCGAGGCGACGCGUGGUGUUGGAUAUCUCAUUGGCGAGUUCCCGGGUCCUGUCGAGGCCGACUUCAGUAGCAAUAUCUGGGCGGCAUUUUAUGAGUGUUGGAAUGAGGAUCUCGAGCCAACGUCUCCUCCUGGUGUACCGGUUCGACGGGCUCAUUCGAUCGGCCCACUUUUACUUUUCGUCGCUGCGUCGCGAACUCCAACAUUGCGCCUCAAGCAAAUCUCCAACCACACGUCACAUACCUCGACCAUGAUCCGAAAACAAGCCCGAGAACGUCGCGACUACCUAUACCGUCGCGCUCUAACUCUUCGUGAUGCCGAGCUCGCUUCGAAAAGAGCAGCACUGAAGGCUUCCCUCGCCAGCGGCAAGCCUUUGUCCAAAGAUGUCGCCGAGGACCAGACCUUGCGCCAGGAUUACAAAUACGAUGAGAGCAGGGCAGAUAGGACAGCAGAGGAAGAGCUUGGACUAGACGAUGAGUAUGCGCAGCUGUCGGGCGUCGUAGACCCGCGGAUAUUGGUCACAACUUCGAGAGACCCGUCAAGUAGACUGGGCACCUUCGCCAAGGAGAUCAGAUUACUGUUACCCACAGCGAUACGAUUGAACCGUGGAAACAUGGUCCUGCCAAACCUGGUCGAGAGCGCAAAAUCGGGCGGAUUGAGCGACAUAGUCUUGCUUCACGAGCACAGAGGAACACCCACGGCAUUAACAGUUUCGCAUUUCCCUCACGGCCCAACCGCCAGCUUCUCACUACACAACGUCGUUCUCCGCGCCGAUAUCCCCAACGCCUCCCGCGGCACAGUCUCCGAAUCCUACCCCCACUUAAUCUUCGAAGGCUUCUCCACUAAGCUAGGACAGCGCUGCGUACAGAUUCUAAAACAUCUCUUCCCGCCCCGCGAAGCCACGGCAAAGGUCGGAAACCGCGUUGUCACGUUCAAGAACAUCGAGGAUACGAUCGAGGUGCGACAUCACGUCUUUGUCAAGACAGGUUUCCAGUCGGUUGAGCUGGCCGAAGUGGGACCGCGGAUGAGCAUGCGAUUGUUCGAGAUUAGGGCAGGGACGCUGGAUAAUAAGGAGGGGGAUGUGGAAUGGCAUCUUAACCAGUACACGAGGACGGGACGGAAGAAGGAGUAUUUGUAA